ACUCAUUGAUUGUGUGGUAAUUAGAGUGGUUUUGGCGCUAAUUGUGGACACAUUUGGCACCAAUUGUGAGGCAAUGACUGCAAUGAAUAGUCUAUUGGUAUUGGAUUUGUGGCAAAGGGUUGACAACUGUUUUGCUCCCAUCUCUCAAACACAACUCAAUUUCAUCGAUAAAUUGAACGCUAUUUCCAACACUCACUGCAAACCAAACCAUUCAGACAUUGAUGGCGAGACACACGUGGCAUCAGACAGUCACCAAUUGAUCCCUGAUUUUGAGCACUUAUAUGACUUUGACGAAUGGUUUGAAAGCAUUGAAAGGGAUUUCGUUAAUGAAAACGACUCGCGAUUUAAAAAACUAUUGAAUUACUACUCGGAAUGCAAACAACUAUUAGAAGAAGUGAACUCAUGUCUCAGUUAUUUGGAUCAACUCAGGGAACAGUAUCUCUCGGUGUCCAACAAAACCAAAACUCUUCACACGUCUUGUGAACAGCUAUUACAGCAACAGCACGGACUCAUAGUAGCGGUCGAGACAAUUAGCCAGAAGUUGACGUAUUUUAAUGAACUUCAGCCCAUCUCAAAGAAACUGUCGGCGCCGACAAUGCUUGUGCUGAACGAGUCAUUGAUGCCAAUGCUGUCACGUCUGGACGAAUGCAUCGCUUAUUUGGAAAAACUAUUGAAUUACUACUCGGAAUGCAAACAACUAUUAGAAGAAGUGAACUCAUGUCUCAGUUAUUUGGAUCAACUCAGGGAACAGUAUCUCACGGUGUCCAACAAAACUAAAACUCUUCACACAUCUUGUGAACAGCUAUUACAGCAACAGCACGGACUCAUAGUAGCGGUCGAGACAAUUAGCCAGAAGUUGACGUAUUUUAAUGAACUUCAGCCCAUCUCUAAGAAACUGUCGGCGCCGACAAUGCUUGUGCUGAACGAGUCAUUGAUGCCAAUGCUGUCACGUCUGGACGAAUGCAUCGCUUAUUUGGAGUCGAAGAAGAAUUACAGAGAAUCUGAGGUGUAUUUGAAGCAAUUCCUACACUUGCAGUCUCAGGCACUGUCCACCAUCAGGACUCAUGUGAUCAAAACACUGGAACAGACGUCACAGCAAGUGAUGCCCGAAACGAAAGACGCUUUGACUCCAAACGAUAGUGUCUUCACAUUAUUUUACGGCAAAUUCCAGACAAAUGCCCACAGAAUCAAGACUUUAGUGCAACAAAUAGAGGAACGCACCCAUCAAUCGGCACAGUAUAACCAAUACAUGUCUGAAUGUCAUCAGUGCUAUUUCACGGCCAGAGAGUCCCUGAUUGGUCCGGUGCUCUCUCUGGCCAUUGACGAGAUGGUGGCCUCAUAUAAGAGAAACUAUUGUCAACUCAUAAGGAGUUCAACAAAUAUGGUGAUCCAUAUCUGUCAGGACGAGUACCAACUCUUCUUCCAAUUCUUCACUAAAACCACUCCUUUGUUAAACGAUUUCUUGAACAAAAACUGUCAAAAGCUUUACAAUACAUUAAGACCAGUAGUGAUACAUUUGGAACAUUUGGAGUCACUUUCAGAAAUAUGCUAUAUAUUGAAGAAUGAGAUGAUUGAUGAAAAUGUGUUAAACCAAUCGCAAGAAUUGGAACCAUUUAUUCGGUCCAUUGAACACUUGCUUCAGGACACACAGGAGAGACUGGUGUACAGGUCCAAUAUCUAUAUUCAGAGCAAUAUUGUUGACUACAGUCCCUGCGCUGGAGAUCUGGCUUAUCCUGAAAAGUUGGAAAUGAUGAAAAGUAUUGCAGAAAAUCUUGUCGAUAAUAAGACAGAAGAUUCAACUGAUAAUAGAUUUAGAAGUCGUUCCGAUUCUGUGUCCUCUUCUCUGUCAGACAUAUCUUUUGUUACAAAUGAUAGGAAUUAUGAAAAGGCGAAGAAAGAGAUGAAUAGAUCACCGGCUGAUCUACACGGCAUGUGGUACCCCACUGUCAGACGCACUCUCGUGUGUCUCACAAAACUCUACCGUUCAUUAGAUAAAUCGACAUUUCAAGGCCUGUCUCAAGAGGUUUUGACUGCUUGUAUUGAAUCACUUGAUUUAGCCCACAAUCAAAUCACCAAAAGAAAAACUUUACUCGACGGACAGCUGUUUUUCAUAAAACAUUUGUUGAUAAUUCGGGAACAGAUCUCACCCUUUCAUAUAGAGAUUACUCUGAAAGAAGUAUCUCUUGAUUUUAGUCGAACCAGAUCGGCGGCUUUUGAUUUGUUACAAAAACGACAGAAUCUGUUCACUUUGACCACAAAUAAUUCGUUAUUAAAGUUCUUAUUUGAGGGCGCUCCACAAGUGACCGAAAAAGUAGUUGACUCUCAAAAGGCUGUCGACAAUAAGAUUAAAAGCAAAUGCGAAGAGUUUAUAUCACAUUCCACUCAACUCCUGAUGUCUUCGUUCAUUAAUUUGAUUGAUUUGUCAAAACCCCUGCAAAAUGCCAAUCAAUUGAGAAGUCACCAAAUGUUUAGUUCCGUAGAGAAUAUCAAGAAAGCGAUCACCGAAGCGAUGAGUCAAUUGAAAAGCAAUUUAUCAUUAGUGGAGUCGAGAAUGUCGUUAUAUUUAGCCAAUAAGGACACGGAGACUAUACUUUUCCGUCCCAUUAAGGUAUAG